AUGACGUAUCCUCAGCCACCGGUCAAGACGUAUCCACCGCCGUUGCCUCAGCCGCCGGUCAAGCCAUGUCCUGAGCCGCCGGUCAUGACGUAUCCUCAGCCACCGGUCAAGACGUAUCCACCGCUGUUGCCUCAGCCGCCGGUCAAAACAUAUCCUCAGCCACCGGUGAAGACAUAUCCUGAGCCGCCGGUCAAGCCAUGUCCUGAGCCACCGGUCAAAACGUAUCCUGAGCCGCCGGUAAAGACGUAUCCUCCUCCGGAAUAUCCUCCGUACACAUCGCCUCCGAUAAAGAAAUAUCCUCCGCUGGUUGAUCCGUAG